GGGACUGGAUCUGGGAGUAACCCGCGGUCUGCAGCCCAGAGGCGUCCACACUUUCUGCAGCGCUGAGUGUCCCAGGGGAGGCUGAGGCUCGGGCUGCCAUGGCGCUGCAUGCGGUCGUGUUCGACUUGGACGGGGUCCUGGCGCUGCCGUCGGUCGCGAGCGGCCUCGGCCGCGCCGAGGAGGAGUUGGCAUUGCCCAGAGGCUUUCUCAAUGAAGUUUUCAAGAAAGGAGAUCCGGAUAGUUCCAGUUUCCGUCUCAUGAGGGGAGAGAUCAUGUUUUCCCAGUGGGUGUCACUCAUGGAAGAAGACUAUAAGAAACACGCCGAAGAUUCUGGAAUCAGCCUCCCUGAGAAUUUCUCUGUUAGUCAGAUCUUUGGCAAGGCCAUUUCAGCAAGGAAGAUCAACCAACCCAUGCUUCAGGCGGUUCUCGCUCUCAGAAAGAAGGGGUUUACAACCUGCAUCCUCACCAACAACUGGCUGGAUGAUAGCACCCAGAGGAGCAGCUUGGCCCAGCUGAUGUAUGAACUGAGACCACACUUUGACUUCCUGAUAGAGUCAUGUCGGAUUGGAAUGGCCAAGCCUGAUCCUCAGAUCUACAAGUUUAUGUUGGACACCUUGAAGGCCAGCCCCAAUGAGGUUGUUUUCUUAGAUGACAUCGGGGCCAAUCUGAAGCCAGCCCGUGAUUUAGGAAUGGUCACCAUCCUCGUCCACGACAGUGACAUGGCCCUGCAAGAGCUGGAGAAAGUCACCGGGGUGCAGCUUCUCAAAACAGAAGUCGCAGCCCCUCUCCCAAUCCCAUGCCAUCCAAAUGACGUGAGCCAUGGUUAUGUGCCAAUCAAGCCCGGGGUGCAUCUGCAUUUCGUGGAGCUGGGCUCUGGCCCUCCUGUGUGCCUCUGCCAUGGAUUUCCUGAGAGCUGGUUCUCUUGGAGGUACCAGAUCCCAGCUCUGGUCCAGGCGGGUUUCCGGGUACUAGCUAUGGACAUGAAAGGCUAUGGAGACUCAUCUGCUCCUGAUGAAAUAGAAGAAUAUUCCUUGGAAAUAUUAUGCAAGGACAUGGUAACCUUCCUAGAUAAGUUGGGCAUCCUCCAAGCGGUGUUCAUUGGCCACGACUGGGGUGGCAUGCUGGUGUGGAGUAUGGCUCUCUUCUACCCUGAGAGAGUGAGGGAGAGGGACAUACAUACCGUCAGCCUCUACCCAGGACCAGUCACAGAUGGUCCCGGGAAGAAGAUGGGUGGAUGCUUCCCUGCGCUCAGGGGGCUCCGAGGAGACACAGCAAAGGCCCUGUGGGCAGAGUUAUUUUAUUGUGAUGGGGGAAGACAGGACUUCAUGGCGGAGGCAGUGUUUGGGACAGAUGUUGAAGGCUUCUUGAAGGCCAAACUGAGGGAGGGAGUGGCUGAGGCUGAACUGGAAGAGGACCUGUAUCGGACUUUCAAACUCAUUUUCAGAGCACAUGAUGAGAUCGUGGUCAACACGUACAACGUCUGUGAAAGGGGAGGACUCUUUGUGAAAGCCCCGAAAGAGCCCAGCCUCAGCAGGAUUGUGACCGAGGAGGACAUCUGCUUCUACGUGCAGCAGUUCAAGAAGUCCGGUUUCAGGGGUCCCCUAAACUGGUAUCGAAACAUAGACAGGAACUGGAAGUGGGGCUGCAAAGGCAGAGGACGGAAGAUCCUGAUUCCGGCCCUGAUGGUAACUGCGGAGAACGACCUAGUGCUUGUUCCUGAGAUGUCCAAGCACAUGGAGGACUGGAUCCCCCACCUGAAAAGGGGACACAUUAAGGAUUGUGGACACUGGACACAGAUGGAGAAGCCCGCCGAGUUGAAUCGGAUCCUCGUGCAGUGGCUGGAAACUGAUGCCAGGGACCCGCCAGUGGUCUCGAAGCUUUAGGGGGUGACGUGUGCCAGCCCCCUCCUCUGCUGGGCUGCUGCUCUUGGCACCAAGAUGGGCCUUACCCACGUCUCUCAGAACCAGCAGCCUGGUUCUGAAGGGUGAUUUUCUUUAAGGGAAGUGAGUAAAAUUAGACGUAAUUUUAGAUACAGGGAAAGGCUAUUAAUUCUCUGGGCACAAAUGCAUCACUUGAUCUCUAAGGAUGAUUUGUGUUCUGUGAGGGGACAAAGGUGGUGGCCAGGGGGUGAUUUCUCUUUGACUAAUCCAUAGUUUUGCAGCAAAAUCAGCAGGUAAUUCUGAAGCCUUUCCACAGAGAUUGGAACUCUUUUGCUCAAUAAAGCUAAACAACUGAU